GUUUUUCGUGAAAUGACCGGCAAUUCCCUUAUCGGCAUAUUUCAUCAACUUCUUUAGCUAUUAGCCUACUUUCCACUUUCUUUCACUUCGAUUUACACUUGCGUUCAGUGACAUCUAGUGGGAUUUCUAAGCAAGAGUUGGCAGACGACGGAGUGAUGACAACAAAGUUGAGCACGUGUUUCUCUGUUCAAAAAGUCAUGGAAAACGUUAAUAUUUCGGCUCUGAAAAAGGAACCAGUUAUCUGUCUACCUGCACACGUAGUUGAAAAUGUCUCUGGAAAAUUGAAUGGAAGUCCUACCAGCAAUGGUAACAAGUGUGAAGCAGAUGAUUUUAUUAAUUGUAUUAAUGAAUUGCUGAAUCCACUUUCCAGAAAACAUUUGGAUAUUUUAAAAAAGAUAACACAAAAUCUUAUGAAAUAUGCUUCAUCUGAUUUAUGGCCUUUGUUGCUUGAGAUUGUAGUGGGUGGUCUCUAUUAUUGCCAUUCUAAUCAUAACAUCAAAUCUUCAAUCAAUGGACUCAUCAGAAAGUUACCUGAUGCUGAUCUUGGGACUGUGUCUUCUCUUAUGCUGGAAAAAAUGUUUGAAAUGAAUGGUGUUGAACUUGUAGCAGCCCUACUUCAGUCAGAUUUUGGAAGCAAAGUGAUAGUUCAAAAUAUUACCUUUGUUUUGAGUUUCUUUGCCACUUUGCUUAAUCAUCUCUACACUGAAGUCCACUGUUCCAAGUUAACAACUGAAAUUGCUAAGCUACAUGCCAACAUCCAUUCAUUGUCAAGAACCCUACUGUCUGUCUUUAAGCAGAUAGAAAUGACCAGUAUUGAAGAACAAAGCCAUCAACUUCUAAAUUCUAUCAUAUCAGUCCUUAACCUGAAAGGAAUCCCAUUGGAGGUUCAGGGGAACUGCUCUAAAAUUCUCGUUCUCUUGUUGAGGCAACAAGAGAAUGGAAUAAAAUGUAUAAUUGAGAAAAUAACAGCUGAAGAAGACCACAUUCAUAGCGUGUUGGUAUCCCUAGAAAAUACUGUGUCAAUCAGACUGAAUCUCUCAAUUGCCCUACUCACCAGCUUGGAAAUGAGAGAAUUACUAGGAGAACAACAAUUAAAUGGUACUAUUCUAGGUGGUGUUAUUCUUCCUUUCCUUUUGAAUUCUAGUGACGGAUUUAACGAAACAGGAUUAGCUCUGCUGACGGCUCGCCUAAUGGAACAAUGGCAGCGAAAAUGUUACGAAUGUUUAGCAACCCAUCAAGCAACGUCGCUGCAAGUUGAGUGGAACAGAGCACGUGAUCGGCUCUUGGAAUUGAUCCUAAACGGUCUCGAACAUCAAGUUGAUGUUGUACGCCACACGUCCAAAGAAGCAUUCCAUUAUAAUGUGAAAAUCUACCUUCUUCUUCAAAGUGACGUAAGCCGGAUUUUGAGCACCAUUUUAGGAAUGUCACGUUUCAAGAAAUCAAAAUACAUGGCACUUGCCUGUCUUGCUAAAACUGAGCUCAUUUCGUUCCUCAUUAGUGCCGAACACAACCUGGUCGAAGAGCUCCUCCAUGUUGCCACAGAUGUCGAUCUUUCUAGUCAGGUCAGAGAGGUAUUCAACCUGUUGAUGUCAAAGAAUACGGAACACACUGACGAAUGGAUGAGACGUUGGCUGUACCCUCUACUGAGUGCGAUAGAAAAACACCCUAACGGACAGAGUUUUGAAAGUUCAUUAGUUGACUUAUUGAAGCAAUAUCCUAAGACUAUCUACAAUGUCGAAAUCUGGUGCCAAGUGGACCGUUCGUCACGCCUUGCUGUAUACAUAACGGCUUUGCUUGCAUGUAGAAAGCUUGGCUUCCUUUCCACCAAUGGUGACGCUCCGGAUGAAAAUCUUUGGAACAGUCUCGUCAACAUGGACGUACUAGAACAGGCUUUGGAACACAAAGAUGAAAAGCUAAGAUUAAAUGCAUUCGGCGUUAUCGUCGAAGGACCGAAAACUUCCCAGUUGUAUUCACAGCUGGAAAUGAAAUGGGUUCGCCAAUUCAUCUCGAGAAAUAUGGUUAACCAUAAUGCUGCUUUCCGCCAACAAUUCUGCUCCUACGUAAAAAAGUUUCUAUUCAAAUUGCGCAAUGGUGGUGUCCCUCUUAUUGGCCGUAACGAUACCAUCGUGACCUAUUACCGGAAUUUCGUGUCCUGGUUCAUUAACAAAUGUCUAAAGGAUUUGGGACCUGGUUCGAGUUUUGCUCGCCGCUUCCUUUCAUUACAGUUCCUUAAAUUGAUUCAGGAAACAAUAGGAUUGGAGUCCAACUCUAAAGGCCUAAACAUAAGUUCUAGUCUUGGCCUACCUGCCAUUUCAUCGCUCGUCGACUGUUUUUUCGAUUCUUACGAUGUCAACAAGGAACUUGCAUUAGAGCUUUUGCAGUCCCCUGCUAUGAUCACUGUCAUCACCCAGGACCCCAAAGGUUACGAAUUGAUAAGCUUUUACUGGACAUCGAGUUCAGCUCUGAGUCAAAGUCUUCGAUCAGCUGAUACAGUAGCUGCUAACUUCUUUUUCCGUUGGCUUAUUCAUCUAAAGUUCUACAGAGAAGAAGAAGUACGAUCUAGGAGCGAGUGGUCGCUGAAAACAAGAAACACAUUCAUCUUGGUUAACGAAUUAAUUGAGAUAUUGAAAGAUCAACUGGAUGCGGCCCAGAAAAAUUUGGGCCGACUGGCCAUUGAUGCUCCCAUUUACGGAGUGCUCUCGUCAGUCCGGCUCUUAUUAAGCGAUCAGCAAUCGAGGUCGGAGGAAAUGAAAAAUGAAUCGUGGGCGUCCAUUCUUUCAUCUGUCAUAGAAAUGUGUUUUGUUGCGAGUGCUAUUGCUUCACCGGUCGUUACCUGCGACUCUCCUGAAGGAUUUCUUCCUGAUUCUUCGGAUUUACCGUCACCGAAUCUGAACGCACAGACGCUGCUUGUGUCCGCUUGGCGCACUGUCAAAGAGGUGGCUCUCCUAUUUGGUCAAGUAUCAGCCUGGAUGCUUGAAAGCGAUUUUCGAUUGAUAGAAGACGACGUGAUCCUUAAGUUAGGUCUACAUCUCAAACUACUGUUACUCGAAACAAAACAUCGUGGGGCGUUCGAGCAAGUCUACUGUGGGUUUUCGCAACUCUGUUACGCUCUAUGGAGGAGUUCGAAACCAGAAAUUCAUAAUUGUCCUACUUCCUGGCUCCUGGAUAUCGUUCAUGAUCUAAAGGAUAAUGAAUCGGCAGUCAAAUUAUGCGCAACGCGUCGUUCAGCAGGUUUACCAUUUAUUUUCCAGGCCAUCCUGUCGCCGGAAGUAGAAAUGGGAAGCGGAGAGCUGUUUAAAAAUACCAUUGAAUCUCUUCUUGAGAUAGCAAGUAAUGGGGUAUCUAACGAGUGUCGAAUCCAUGCUCUUAAUAUUCUGCGCAAUCUUUAUCGGGAAUCACGCCUAAACCAAGUGAUUGGGCCGUACGUUGCACGUGGAUUGAUUUUAUCCGUAACAGGUUUUGAGGCCCCAGAUUGGCCGGAACGAAAUUCGUCUACGCUGUUGUUCAGUGCUUUAAUGACUCGCAUUUUUGGCGUCCCGAAAUCCAAAAAUGAUUUCCAGAAAAAGAAUAGUCUUACGGGCCGCGUCUUCUUUCAACUAUACCCGUCACUGUAUCCAUUUCUACUGGAUCGUCUACGUAUUUGUGUUUCUGAUAUCGAAAAUGGUGGAAUUCAUCUUCACCCUUCAUUGUUCCCAAUGUUGGUGUUGCUGGGGAGGCUUCAUCCACCGGUCUGCGAAUUUUCAGAUUCAGCUUUCCAGUUGGAACCGUUUAUUCCUUUAGUUCGUGCCUGUGGAGCUUCACCCGUCCUGAAAACGAGACAAUUGGCAGCACAAGCUCUCACACCUUUGUUGACUUCAACCGCCUACUGUCGUUUGCUUCCAGAACUCUUGGAUUCCCUUCAGAAUUGUGCGUUGCAUAACAAACUUCACGGAACGUUAUUACAGAUUCACUAUUUCGUCAAAGACUUGCCACAGUGGACUGAAGCACGUGAUAUGGUGUUCGGAACAUUAAACGACAAGAUUGAAAAAUUGGUUUCACUGCUAUGCAGUUGUUGCUACCUCAUCCGCUAUGAAGCCGUCGAAAUUCUCAGACUCGUUAUUGAUUCUGAAACGUCUAUCAAGGAUGUUGUGGCUGACACGUGUUUGAGAGAGCUUCACUGCCGCAAUCAAAUAUUUCAAAACAAACCUUUUUACCCACUUGCCUACCAGAAGUUUGCAGGAAUCGGUAUACCUAGCAACGUCUUCUCUCAUCCCGCGUACGCUGAGUUGCUAAAGCAUCCGCUUAGCGAAGUCAGAUUGGAGGUUUUACAAAGGCUGGAAUUCUUAGACACAGCCACCGCUUUACCAGCUUGCCUAUGGCCCACGCUGCAUUAUAUGAUUGCAAACAAAGAAGAGGCGAUAGAAUGUCGGAUCAAAGCAUUAGCGCUCAUUGGUCGCAUUGGAGAAUAUAACAAGAAACAGUUCGAACGAAUGCUUCAACUCUACCGAGAAACAACUGACGAUACUUUCCGUUGCACAGCCUUGGGUGCCGCAGGUCGAAUCAUAUGCCCAAGUCAUUCCGACGACCUUGAUCUUAUGAUGGAAUGGAGCGAAUAUUUGGUAGAAUCUGUGUCAUCGACAUUCCCGUUUCGCCAGAUGGUUGUCGAAUCUAUUGCAAGGUGCGUUGAAUUGUUGAAAAUCAACGGAAGUCUAGCCGCCUCCACAGAACAUGGUUCAAUUUUAUUGAACUUGUGGGCUUGUCUCUUACGUUGCCUUAUCGAUGAUGAAGAACACAUACGAACAGCAGCAGCUGCAGUCGUCGGGGAUUUCGACACCGGAUAUUGGAGUCAACCCUCCGUCGCCAUAGUGAAAGCCUUGGAAUAUCUAAUCGACAAAAUUGGCUCUACUUAUACGAUGAGAGUGCUUCUCUUGCUGUUUGAUAUGGUUCUGGAAGAAGAAGAGCAACCGGAAGAUGAGAGCCAGACCUUCGAAACAGGUGACAGCGAUGUGUUUCGAGAACCAUUAGCGCACUCAGUGCUCUUCUGUCAAUUUAUUAAGCAUUGCACCAGGCAACAUGUUGUCUCUCCGUCCGAUUCGGAUAUCUUGGCAGAACGCCUUGAAAAUUGUUGGAAAUCGCUAGGAAGUUUUGAUACCACAGCCGUGGACUUGCUUUCUUCUAAUCGGCGACCGGCUACCGUUCAUAUUAUGAAUGUAAUCAAGCUUUUCUUGAUGACAAACUCGUUUCAUUCGACUCAUGGAAAUAUUGCCUCACUUCACCAAUGCAUCCAUAAUUGGCUUUCACAGCUAAACCCGCAUUGGUUUACCUAUUCGAUUCAACAACUUGUUUUUCGAAACUCUGUGUAAAAAAAAGUGUUUCCUCUCAAUGGACAGUUCUCCGCCAUCAGAAGCUGCCAUUCUCCCUCCAUGAUACUACAAGUUACGUGCAACAACGGGCAUCCCUUAAAUUUACGAUGGCCUUUAAUAAUUGGCAAUUCUUUUGGCUCUUGAUUGGUACACCACUUGUUCCAGUUCGCGUGCAGCAUUCGUGAUUAAGAGUUCUAAAAUUAACUAUAAAAAAUGUCCAGCUAUUUGUCGGUGAUUCCCCCAUUUGUGACAAAAUUGGGCCACGGUCUUUUAUUUAGACCACUGUACAUAUUUUCGGAGACGUACAGUAUACUCCACGAUUACACUGCACUCAGCAUUCUUCGUGCCGUUUUUUUAUGUUGGCUUCUGCAUGCGGAUUUCUUCCACUCAGAACCAUUCCUUGGCAUGGGGAGCGAUGGGUUUCCCUAAGUUUUUCGUCGUGAGCUGACAUCAUCUAAAUUGUUACGAAAGGUAAAAGCAAUUCUUCUUCCAAUUUAAACGACCUUUUUACCUGAAAGAGCAGCAUUCGUCGAACGCUAUCAGACGUGUUGGGAUAGCUGCCAUGUACAAGUAGAUACGAAAAAAUGACGACUUGCCCUUGAUCAUGUAAGUUUAAAUAAAAUACGUUUGCUGGCUAACUUUUGUGAAAAACCUCACCUCGCUUUGCGUUAACUGGCGUUGCUUUCUCGAUCGGAAACUUAUCCUUGGAUACAAAGAAGCAUCAGUUUUCAUUAUACUUUGAAAAAACGUCGUA